AAUAUACUCCAUCUAUAUUAAUAGUUAUCUUAUGAUUAGGUGGUAUUACUACUUUAGUUAGUGGUUUAAUAGCUGUAGUUACUAAUGAUAUAAAAAGAGUUAUAGCUUUAUCUACUAUGAGUCAAUUAAGUAUGAUGAUGUUAGCUAUAGGUUCAUCAUCAUAUGAUUUAGCUAUAUAUCAUUUAUAUUGUCAUGCUUUCUUUAAAGCUUUAUUAUUUAUGUCUGCUGGAUCUAUUAUACAUAGUAUUAUGUCUGAAACACAAGAUAUGCGUAAAUAUGGAGGUUUAAUACAAUAUUUACCAUUUAGUUAUACUACUAUGGUUAUAGCUUCAUUAUCUUUAAUGGCUAUACCUGGUUUAACUGGUUAUUAUUCUAAAGAUAUAAUUAUUGAAUCAUUAUAUGGUACUUAUACAUUAAGUGGUUAUAUUAUGUAUUAUGUAGCAACAGCAUCUGCUACUUUAACAGCUGUAUAUUCAUUAAGAGUAUUAUAUUUAACAUUCUAUAAUAAUCCUAAUGUUCUAGUUGGAUUAAAAAGUGUUUUAAUACAAUUAGAAAAUGAUAGUUUAAAAAUAAAGAUUUUAUUA